CGGAUCCUCUGCAGCACCAGGGACAGCUCCGAGGGGAGGACACGGGCAGAAACCCGGGCCAGGGGCCACACCGACCCCCUGACCCUGCCCAGCGGCACCGGGAGCGAUGACACGGGCCCCGGGGAGCCCGGAGCCGAGCGGUCAAUGUCUCUUUUAGGUCGGGGGCCGGCCGGAUCCUGUCUGGGUGGCCCAUGCAGUGUAUAGCUGCGGUCAUCAGGGACGAAGGAAACAUGAGCGGGGGCGCAGAGCAGGCCGACAUCCUGCCCGUCAGCUACGUGGUCAAGGACCGCUGGAAAGUGCUGAAGAAGAUCGGAGGCGGGGGGUUCGGGGAGAUCUACGAGGCGAUGGAUCUGCUGACGCGGGAGAACGUCGCCCUGAAAGUAGAAUCCGCUCAGCAGCCGAAACAAGUCCUGAAAAUGGAGGUGGCCGUGCUGAAGAAACUGCAAGGGAAGGACCAUGUCUGUCGGUUCAUCGGCUGUGGAAGAAAUGAGAAGUUUAAUUACGUGGUCAUGCAGCUCCAGGGUCGAAACCUGGCAGAUCUCCGGCGAAGCCAACCAAGGGGCACUUUCACAAUGAGCACCACCCUGCGUCUUGGCAAACAGAUCCUGGAAUCCAUUGAAUCCAUUCACUCCGUGGGCUUUCUGCACCGGGAUAUCAAGCCGUCUAACUUUGCCAUGGGGCGCCUGCCCUCUACAUACCGGAAAUGCUACAUGUUGGACUUUGGCCUGGCCCGGCAGUACACCAACACCACCGGAGAGGUCCGGCCGCCUCGCAAUGUCGCUGGUUUUCGGGGCACCGUCCGCUAUGCAUCGGUGAACGCGCACAAGAACAGGGAAAUGGGGCGACACGAUGACCUGUGGUCUCUUUUCUACAUGUUAGUUGAAUUUGCUGUUGGACAACUGCCCUGGAGAAAGAUCAAAGAUAAGGAACAGGUUGGGAUGAUUAAGGAGAAAUAUGACCAUCGCAUGCUCCUGAAACACAUGCCUUCGGAGUUCCACCUCUUCCUGGAGCACAUAUCCACUCUGGACUACUUCACAAAGCCAGAUUACCAGAUGAUCAUGUCGGUAUUUGAGAGCAGCAUGAAGGAACGAGGGAUCACAGAGAAUGAGGCCUUUGACUGGGAGAAAGGAGGGACAGACAUCUUGCUGUCCACCAGCACAUCCACCCCGCCGCAGCAGAACACCCGGCAAACGGCCGCCAUGUUUGGGGUGGUUAACGUGACCCCGGUGCCCGGUGACCUGUUGCGGGAGAAUACUGAAGAUGUCCUGCAGGGGGAGCAUCUGAGUGACCAGGAGAAUGCCCCUCCGGUGCUCCCAGGCCGACCAGCUGAUCUCACCGGCCAAGUGCCCAACGCGGGAUUUAAUGACACAGAAAUAUGGGAGGAAACAGAUGUGAAUCGUAACAAGCUCAGGAUCAGCAUUAGCAAGACACAGUGCCUGAUGGAGGAGGAUCACAGUCGCGGAGGGUGUCCCAGCUCCCCGGUCCGGGCUCCUCCAGAGUCCCCCACAACCCAGGCUCGUUCCUUGCGCUACCGGCGCGUCAACAGCCCAGAGUCUGAUCGCCUGUCAACCGCAGACAGACCGGAAUUGCCAGAAAGGAGGUCCCGGAUUGACCUCCCUGCCUCCCCGUCUCGCCAGGCCUGCUCCUCACAGCCGGCUCAGAUGUUGUCCAUUGAGACGGGACCAGCUGACCGCCAAGCCAGCGGUCGCAUGGAGGUUUCUGCUUCAGUGGAACAUGAAGCUUUGAGCAAUGCCUUCCGCUCUGUGCCUCUAGCGGAAGAGGAAGACUUUGAUAGCAAGGAAUGGGUGAUCAUCGACAAGGAAACCGAGCUCAAGGACUUCCAUCCUGGUGCAGAACCCAGCACCUCCGGCACCACAGAUGAGGAGCCUGAGGAGCUGCGACCCCUGGAAGAUGGGGAAGAGAGACGGAGGCCUAGCGGAGCAGAGGCUGCGGUGAGGCCUAAGGUGCAUGAGGCCAGGUCUCGGGCUAUGCAGACUGUAGCUGAAGAGGAGACCUCCUCUAGGAAUGAGGGUCCCGACUGCCGACCGGAUCCUCCUCCUGGAAGCCCCUCGCACUCGCAUUCUACGUCAGCAGCUCGACAGCGGAGACGAGAGUCGGAUCCCAUCGGGCCUCAGAGACCGGUCCUCAGCCUGAAGCAUUUUGAACUGAAUGGGAUGCCCAAGGCGGUGCCUUUAAGCUUGCCUUACCAAGACUUUAAGAAGGACAUAUCCGAUAGCAAGGAAAUGCUGCGCGUCCCGCAUCGGAUAAAGCGGGUGGACUUCUGUAGCUUGGUCCUCCCCGCCAUGCAUGCCCCAGAGCCGCACAUCAUUGUCGGCAGGAAGGCUCCACAGGAGGAGGAGAAGGAUGAAGAGGAAGAAGAGGCAGAGUUUUUGGGGGAGGACAUAGAUCUGCAGAGUGGGUCCAGCAGUGAUGUGAGUCAGAAGAGCACUGAGCACAGUCAGGAAGGAGCUCCCUCCACUCUCCUUGCUGACGAUCAGAAGGAUUCAAGGGGUCGCGCCUCUACGGCAGAGAACGACCUAGAGUUAGAAGAGGGAUCUAAGACAUUAGUGCUCUUCUCACCCGGAGACGUGAAAAAGUCCCCAGUCACCAAUGAGCUGAUGGCAGAGGUCGACCUCGGGACUCUUGCUGCGCUAACGCCUCAAGCAGAGAGGCCUCAGCCGAUGGGCAGCCAACUGGAUGUAUCCGAGCCAGGAACUUUAUCUUCCAUCCUGAAGUCAGAACCAAAACCAGUCGCCCCUGGGGCUGUCUCCUCCUCUCCCUUUACCAAAGUUGAACGCACAUUUAUUCAUAUCGCAGAAAAGACGCACUUGAACGUCAUGUCUUCCACGGGGCAGUUAAUAAGAAUGGAAGAGCAUUAUGGCUCCGGGCAGUUUGAGGAGCCGAUUAUAGAGGAGGAGAUGGAAGACCUUGAGCUGCUAAGAGAGAACGGGAGCAUCAACUCUGCUGUGGAAGUAGGUGAGAUUGACAGCUGCGCCUUGUCGGCCAGCAACGCAGAGCUCUGCACCGAGACUCAGGACCUGAAGGUUGUCAACGGAGCCGGUGAAUCCAAAGGACAGCAAGAUGACGAGAUUGUAGAGGUUGUAGUGACACAGCAUGAAAAGAUUGUGAAUGCCACCGAUCGCCUUAAAGGAUCUGAAGAGGGCACCAGCAAGUGCACAACCCGGCCCCCGGGGACACGCUUUAGAAGUCGUAUCCCUGUGUUUUUAUCAGAAGAGGACACAGGCUCAGACCAGUCUAUGUCACACUCUGCCAAAGAGAGAUUCCAGAAGAGGACAAAGCAACUUGACCUGGCGCGUCUUGUGAUGGAGAAGAGACAGAUCCGUCUACAGAGGUUGGCAUCGGCCGGUUCAUCUUCUGCUUCUUCCAGUGAUGAGAGAAGGAGAGCUUCGGAGACCCUCUCAACCACCGGGUCUGAGGAAGACACAGAUGACUCCACACCCAAGAAGACUGGAAAGGAGAAAGCCAUCUCUGCCAGAAACGUUGACUUACUGUCCAGUUCUAGAAGCAAAAUUCCACGUCCAGUCACUCCUGUAAAAAGUAUCCGCUCUGCAAUUCCACCGGCGUCAACCGGCAGAGGACCUUCAUCUACUUCGAGGUACCACUUCUCGGGAGCUUCUCUUGCUGGAGUUACUGGCCUUUCCCCCGACCUUAAGCCCAAAGCUCUACAUAUGAGGCUCCCUCCGCUGUCAAGUCCAACUCCCGCUCGGAACAACGUGCGAAGGCUCAGCCAUGGACCACCCAAGAGUCCGGUGGCUCCACCACGAACAGUCAGUGCUUCUCCUCGAAGCCAGUCACUUUCCAGAACCGAGAGUCCAUCCCCCUCCAGGCAGCGAAGACCAGCUGCCACCAAUCCACGGGCAAAUCCCUCUCUCAAAAUCCAGUCCCGAGCACAGGUCCCAGGAGAGGGCCCCACCACGCCAGCUGUUGUCAGGAGGGGUCAGAGGUUUAAGGUUCAAGUGCCAAGUCCAGCAACCAAACCACGGCAGGGAGGCAGCGGAGGAGGAGCUGAGGGCAGAUAAUGGAGCCAGCAGAGGAGGUUCUUGGGCUCAGGCCGGACGAUUGUCACGCUUCGCUCAACACACUUUGAGAACAGAUGCCCCAGUGGUGAACAGGGGGCCUAAACUCCUCCUGAGAUUUGUGGGGGCACAGGGGCCAUUAUUCGAUUCCCACAGGCCCAGUUUGGGUGGUGGAAGAUCCCAGAGCUGCAGUUGCUUUCAGCUUUAAGCCAGGGUCACACGAUAAUAGUGAGUCCAGGCCUAGUAUGCAAAAUAAAGGAGCCCAGGUUCUACCACGGGGGCAACUCUGUGCAUUAAAGCACCAACUAUAUACCCCAGGCAGAGG